GGAUGGCGCGUGCUGUCUCUGAAUAGCGAAUAAAACCGGCGCGUCAGCCUCACAGUUUACUCACAUCUUAAAAAGCAGCUCGAUCCACAGCUGAAAAAUUAAAGCCCGUCUUCACUCCAGUAGAUUUCAGAAAACUAGAUAGUUUAUGUGUUAAAAAAAGACUUAUGUAAAGGGUUUUAAUCAAACCAAUCGAUAUAUUUUCUCGUGGAGGAUAUCUUCGACGCUUUUACCGUAUUUGGGAUUAUCCUCGGGAGUACAAGGUAAGGACUGAUCCACUUUCUGCUGUAAAGUUUGAGAAAAUGAGAAAAUGUGAUGUUCAAAAAAGCUGCAGAGGUUUUGUGUUUUACAGCCCAAGUUUCACAUUUCGUUUCAUUAUGCCUAUCAUUUAUUUUAGUACUUAUUAGUCUAUUUUUACAGUUAUUAAUAUAUUAUAAUAAUAACAACCAUAUAAUAAUAAUGAUAAUUAAUAUUAUUAGUUUGUUGCCUGAUAAAAAUAAAUCAUGUCAGCUGUCAUCAUGCGCGCUCUUCCUUGGGCCUCAACUCUCAUUUUCAACUCCAGCUUUCAACUAAAGCCUCAAACACUACACUGACCUAUUUAUUUAUUUGUUUAAUUAUUUUAUUCCCGCAGCCCUCGACUUGUUUGGUAAAAGUUCAUCUUUGCUCCCAUCUCCAAACACCGCUAAGAAAAAAAAACACUGGUUCAUUUUAAAUGUGCGCCCGGCUCUUACAGCGAGCCAACACGCUCUUCUUCAGUAUGCUGUAUAAUUACAGUGUUUUCUUUGAGAUUUACUCUGUGUGACAAAAUUAAAUCACUUUGAAUUAUGACGGUAUUUAAACAACAAGAUAUGCUUUUUAUUUAAUAUGUACAGUGGGCUAAAAUAGGACUUCUUUAAGAGUGAUAAAAUACAUCGACUUUUUUUGAGUUUUGGACGUUAAAGUGUCAUUUGUUGAAUUACAGCAACACAUGGUUUCAGCAAGUCAGUCCCAAUUCCAGCUGUGGUUUCUCCUCUCAUUUAUUUUUGUAGAAUUUUCAUGACUAAAGUUUUCUUAAAUAUAUCUCUACAUAAUUUAAGAAUUUUAAAAAUAAAUUAGAGAUUUUAUUUAAGCUGGUGUGGAAACCCUGUUUUCCAUCAUUUCAGUUUUGGUGGAAAUUCAGUGGACCUAAAUUAAGGAUUAACAAACUUCAGUCAAUUCCAGCACUAAUACUGCUUACCAUGAAAAAAAAAAGAUAAUAUUGUUUUUUUGUAUUUUUUGUUUUUUUCAGUGUAAAUGUGAGAAAGCAGCAAUAAUAAUGAAUUAUAUCUUCAAUUUGAUUUGUUUUUUAUGUCUCAGUAAUUUUGAAAGAGGACAAGAGAAGUCAGUAAGAGCACAGGGAAACCUUUAAGUGAUGCUCAGUUUUGAAUUUAAUAUUUCUCUCCAAAACAGAAAAUAUGUUUGAUUAAUUGUGCAAAAUUAUUACAUUCCUCCAUUUGCACUAUUUGCUUUAUAAUGUCCAUGCACCAUUAUCCAGAAUCAGAAUUAGAAUAUCCUUUAUUGUCAUCAUACUAAAAGUACAACGAGAUUGGAGAGCUUCUCUUCUUCUAAUGCAAUAGCGAAGUAAAAAUAAGGUGGUAAAAGUACAAAUAGUCGUAAGAAAGAAGGUUCUAUAUUUACAAGACAAGAAUUCUACAAGUUCCCACAUCAGAAAGGCUCAGACUAUGUCAGUUUGGUUUUAUAUUAUGAGUGAAUAACAUACAGGGAAUGUUUGUGUGAAUUCAAGAAGUCAACACACAUGUGGAUGGUUCUCUCUUUUUCUUCUCUGCAGGACGCUCUACAAACACUUGUCCUCCAAGUAUGGACAAGACCCACCUUUCAAGCUCUAAUGACAUCAUAAUGACGAGCUCAACAGGCCCCUUCCAGCAGGGACCCCUGACUCCACCUCGACCUGCACAUAUCCACUCUUCAGCCUCUUCCUUAUCUUCGACCUCUCCGUCCUCUUCCACCUCGCCCCUCAAACCAAACCAGGUCGGCCAGGUCAUCCUGUACGGCGUUCCUAUCGUAUCACUGGUCAUCGACAACAAUGAGAGACUUUGCCUGGCGCAGAUUUCAAACACACUACUCAAGAACUACAGUUACAAUGAGAUUCAUAAUCGCCGUGUGGCUCUGGGUAUAACAUGCGUCCAGUGCACUCCGGUUCAGUUGGAGAUUCUCCGUCGAGCUGGUGCCAUGCCCAUCUCAUCACGUCGCUGCGGUAUGAUCACCAAGCGAGAGGCUGAACGCCUCUGCAAGUCCUUCCUGGGAGAGAACGCGCCGCCCAAACUGCCUGACAACUUUGCCUUUGAUGUGACCCAUGAGUGCGCCUGGGGUUGCCGUGGCAACUUCAUCCCAGCCCGCUAUAACAGCUCCAGGGCCAAAUGCAUCAAGUGCUCCUUCUGCAACAUGUACUUUUCCCCAAAUAAGUUCAUUUUCCAUUCUCACCGGACACCAGAUGCAAAGUACACUCAGCCAGACGCUGCCAACUUUAACUCCUGGCGACGACACCUUAAGCUGAGCGACAAACACCCACCUGAUGACUUAGUUUACGCGUGGGAGGAUGUCAAAGCGAUGUUUAACGGAGGCAGUCGGAAGAGAACGCUGCCCUCCUCGGCACACUGUCACUCCAUGGGUCCCAUGAAGACUCUUCCAGGCUCAGUGGUGCCACACAUGAUAGGACCUGAUUUAGGCGCCCAGAAAAGAGGCCGCUACGAAGAGGACGAUGAUCUGGAUGUAGGCAGCCUUUCCCCUCGCAAGACCCCACGAAGUUACCCCGUCAUCCCCGUCCCGAGCAAAAGCUUCAGUAUGUUGCAGAAGUUCCCUCCGACGUCGCUCUUUCCCUCACCCUACCCCUUCCCGGCGUUUGGCCUGUGCCAGCAGAAAAAAGAUGACAGUGAUGUUUCAGGAGGGCAGAAAGGAGCAGGACUAUCAAGUCUUUUAUGGCCUGGCCGCAAAGACACGUUUUAUCCUCCUUUCUGCAUGUUUUGGCCACCAAGAGCUGCAGGAGGAAUCCCUGUUCCCACCUACCUCCAGCCUCAGCCCAGUGCUCUCUCCUCCCUGGCAGACAGCUCCUCUCUGAGGCAGGCCUUUUUGGAUCUGUCAGACCCGAACCAGCCAGGAGCUGGCAAUGGAAACAGCAUCAGCACGACCAUAGCCCCCAGCAGCGAGACUUCAACACCCAGAUCUGGGCUGUUUGACCCCGAGUGCACGACAGUGACUCCUGACCUCCGCCCUGCGUCGUCGGAAGGCUGGCUAAAACUUCUGGACACACCAACCCUCCAGUCCAGAAAGUCCAGCUACGGCUCAGCCUUCCGUCCUGUCAUUAAGGAUGCUGAAAGCAUCGCUAAGCUCCAUGGAAACGGCGUAGGAGUCACUGGGACAGCAGACGAUGACUUUGGGGUCGUGGUCACCAGUACAGAUCGCCACCAACAGCUGUCACCCAGCAGCAGCGGCAGUUACGGCAGUGAAAGCGGGAUCGAUGGAGAGGCAGAGGGAGUGGAGAGUGAGGAGGAAGGGGAGGUGGAUGUUGAGUCGUCAAAGCAAGAGGACAUGGCUGAGGAAGAGGGCUUCACAAACAAGCCACCAAAAACUCAAACCAACCUGUUCCUCCCUGUAGUGAGUGACAAUCCCGUAGAGGAGAGGGGUAAGGAGCGGGGGAGUGGGGCUGUUUAUCCCAGUAACUCCCCUACCUCCUCCUUGGACCCCGUCCAGCAAGAGUCCUUCAGCCUGCCUGCCUCUCCUCCUGCUGGUCUUCCUCUCUCCGGCUCUACCCCUCCUCACAGAGAGGACCCAGCUUACAAAAGUGUAAAUAUCCCCUCAGGCUACUUUGGCUAAUUAUUAUUUAAAUGGUGUUGCAGUUAGGCAGUGAUGUGAUCUGCAUUAGCAGAUUGUUAGGCUGGUAUCUCCCCGUAGGAAGUGAAAGAGUCACCUCACUGUGAUCUUUGCUAAUAAGCCCAGGUGUUGACGCUUAAAUGGCCAUGGUGGGUUUGUUCACCCCUGUCACCCAGCUUGUGAGGGCAACUCUAAUCUUUAACCUGCCUGCUCCUACAUUAUCCAGGCAUCGAAAACAGUAGAGGAGGGAUUUGAAUCAGAAUACAUUUCAUUAUCUAUUAAUAUGCAGGAUACAUGUUACUAGUCCUUUUCAUGUUGCAUCUGCUGCAGCGUCGUAAACACACUCUAACACCUCUACACCUUUGAACAUUGACAUUAAAUCUACCAUGAUGUCAUACCAUGAGGUGUAAACAAGCAACGAGAGAUUAAAACACACACACACACACACACACACUCAAACAUGCACACCCAGACAGUGUAGUUCUGCCAUCUUGCUCGUGUCCUGCUCCUACAAAGUUUGUACAAUAGUUUUGAAGUUCUCCCAGGUUUCAUUUUUAUUUCAUCGACCCUUCGUGUUAAGCUUGAGUUUUAAUUGCUUUUUUAAAUAAUACACAACACAACAGUUUAAAACAUAUAUAUGAAUAAAACGAUGAAGCGCCACAACAAUCCAGAAAAGACAAGCCAUAAAACAUUUGUCCUCUAUGUGAUUGUGUCAUAUUUACUAUUUAAUUUUUAUUGUUUUAUUUAAUUUUGUGAACACACACACAGGUUUAAUUCUAUUUUAAUCAAAUUCUUAGUUUUUUUUUUAACCCUCUUCUGUCACAACUUAUACAUUUACAAUCAAGAUGAGACAUUCGAAGAGAACAGACGUCCCACCUUGAACUGACCAUGUGAAUCCAGAGACAGAUAGACAUGAAAAAAAAGCUUUUGUACAGAUUUGAAAUGAUUUCAUAUCAAAUGACGUGGCUGGUAAAAAGAAGAGCAUCGGACUGCAUUUGCAAAACGGUGAAAUGUAUUUAUUGAAAAAGAUUAUCUUUGGAAAGAGAGCAGAAAAUAAAAUCACACAAAUACUCAAAAUGCUGCAGCUUCUUAAAAUACAGAUAGACACUCUGGAGCAUGAGUGAGUUGAAAUUACAGCCUUUACUGUAGCUUUUUUGAUUUGUCUGCCCUGUGAUAUUAAAACUGCACAAUGUCUGAUAUGAAAAGGAAAGUCUCACCAACUUUACGAUGUUUCCAGGUUCCCAAAAAAAGAGAUGAAGGACUUCCUGUGUACAUCACCAAAGACAACUCCAGCCUUUCUGGUGAGCAAAGUGUUUACUUGGUUGGCUUGAGAUGACACUGUAAAUACUUCACUAUCUUUUUUUCUUUAUUAGUUUUUUUUUUUUACGGUUGAAUAUAUUUUCACAGUCUGUCGUAUGAAACCUCUGAGUUAGUUGUAUUUUUGUAUUUUCAGCCCCUUUUUUAACGGGUUUUAUUGAGCCUUUAUGUCCCUGCGAGGCUUUUCCUACGGUGUGUCGUUUGCUCGUCUCACCUAACACUCUGAUUACCGCUUAUGAAAAUGCCACAUGUGUGUUUUGUGAUGCCGUGCCCGUGGAUACACGUGCACAUAACAGACACGCACCUUUGUCUGUACGAAUAUCCGGAUCAACAUAACUGAAACUCUCUCGUUUGUUUCUUUGUUCGUUUGUCUUGUCAGAUGAAAACAAAGAGCAAAACAGUUUUUUUGUACAAGAGGGUGAGACGUUGGCUUCGGACUACUGGAGGGAAACAGCAGGUAUAAAACACACACACACACACACACACACUUAUGUUUCUUAUGAUGUGGUUUAGGGAUGGUAAAGAACAAUUGGAUCCAUGAAUUUUAAGCAGAAUUUUAAAAGAGCUGCUAAGAUAUUUUCCAGAGGAGUAUCAUCAGAAUGUCGAAAUGAAACUUGGAUUUCUCUAAAUAAUGAAUAAUGAACACGGUAUGAAUCAGAAAUCAUGAUAAAAAACCAACACUUUCAAUAAAAAGCUUGUUAAUUUUAGGAUACAAAGAGCAUGAAUAUGAUUUAUUCUAGUGUGACAUUACAUUUAACGUUGGAAGUCAAAUCCAAACCUAUUUGACGUAGAUGUGUUUUAUAUAACAGCGUCGAAAGAGACAGUUCAGCCAAACAGACUUACGCCUUGUAAAAAAGUUGCCACAGAUGUAACAAACAAAGCUGAUAACUUCUCAUAACGCAAAAGAGAUUCAGAAAAGGUAAAAGCAGUCAGGGGGAAACUCUCGAGUCUACAUUCCCCCCUAAUCUUCUUUCAAACAGUGAGGCGAGAGGGUCAUAUGACACACAGAGAUGUGAGACAGCAGCACAAAGCUGCUUCCACAACAACAACUCCGCCACAUCUGCUUUCUUCAGCGGUGUCGCCAAGAAUGUUACUCUUAGGGGGGCCGUUAUAGUUCAACAAGAAAACAUCAGCUCAGAUAUAAGCAGCCAUGCUGGCAAUCUCCAUCCUAGACCCAUAUCGCCACCAACAUAAUUGCCUUUUUUUUUCUUUCUCAGAGCAAAAAAAGCCUUUCCUGUUUGGAAAAGAUCACAGCUUAUUGCCUUUUUAUAUCUGUCAGGAAGACAUUAAAAGUGCUUUAUGACAUCUGUGCCAACAUUUUUAUCAAGCCCCCCUCUCCCUCAACCCCUACACACACGCACUGUAAUGAUCCCUGUGCAUAAUGUAUAAUGUAUUUCGAAAAAUUACACGAAACAAAUUAAAUGAGACCACCUUUCCCCUGAUUGCCAAACGUCUCCCUGGGCGGUGGGAAGCUCUACGUGAUUAGAAGGCCUGAUUCCUCUGAGUCCCACCAGCCCCCCUCCACUGUCUUUAAACUCUCCUUCUGUUUCUAGGGAGAAAAAAUAAUCUAAUUUUCCAUUUAUGUAAUGCAAACCGCCUUGGCUUUGACUAUUCACGGUUAAUUGACUGUCAAACGAGGUUGUUAUCCUCAGGCACUGUCUGCGAAUUUGCUUGUCAAAUGAGACAUAGAGAGGGAAGGAAAGGAGUGAGUAGAGGAGGAAGAUAGGGAUAGAGCAUUAUGUGCUCUACAUGAGACAGGGAGAAGCAUAUAGGGAUACUCAAGAAGGCAGGAUAUGAAAUGACUGAGAGAGAAUACCUAUCAAAUAUACUCGAUUGUUCAAUUAAGGAGUAAACUGCUGCCCUGUCUCAAUUCAAGCCGUCGUGCACAAAGUCAUACGAGAAGAACGACGCAGAAGCUAACGUACCGCUUAAUUUAAAACAGAAUUAUGUCGUUGGCUGGAACAAAGUCGUAGAAGAUAACAAGGUUAAAAACAAUUAGUAGGCUGCUUUAACUAUUAACACAGUGCACACAGAGUACACAUCAUAUUAAAGGCUGUUCACCGAAGAGCCUGCUGUCCUCACAGUGUUUUAAUACCACUAACAUCCUCCAAAUAAUUCACAUUAAAAAAAAAAAAAAGAAACUUUGCUAAUAUAAGUUUUUUGGUGUCCUAAAAAUACAAUCAAAUUAUUGUAUUUAAUUUCAACAUUUCAGAAAAGCUUCAGUUUUCAAGUGAUAUAAGUUCUUAUUAAAAUUUCUGAAUUGAAAUAGUUUUUUCUUUGUUUAAUCUUGAAUGGAAGUGAUACAAUAUGAAAUCAAAACAGGACUUAUCAUAUCAGAGAGACAUAGUGCAACAAAGAUCUCCAGCUGCAGAGCUCACACAUUCUUCCAACAAGCACAUACUGACACCUAUAGGCCAAAGAUUUAAUAGCAGGACUCCAAAGAGACUAAAAGGCGAUGGUGAAGGGUUUAACUAUUGAUGCACAAAAGCGUGAUUAUGUAUCAAUAAACAUGCUGUCUGAGGGUGGAGAAAAGUAAAAUGAUUCUAAUCUGUUCUUUGUGCCAAAUGUCACCAUAUGUCUGACGUGAAAUGCAGUAAAUCUCUUUAUGUUUUAGGGGAUCGAAACCACGGUGCUUCCUCCCCUGUUCAACUAAAGAAAGACGUUGAAAGCAUGGAGAAAGGUAUGAAAACUCUCUACUCUAAGCUUUUCCCACUCCGACACUGACUACACGGGAGAAAUCCAAGUCCUGCAAAUAUUUCUUCUGGAUAAAUUAUUGUUCCUCUGACUUUUUUCUUCUUCUUUCCACUCCUGCAGAGGAACUCCAGAAGGUCCUACUGGAGCAGAUUGACUUCAGGAGGAGACUCGAGCAAGAGUUUCACGCUCUGAAGGGAACAUCGCCAUUCCCAGUUUUCCGUAAGUCACAUUUUCACCUCAACUCCCCCUUUUUUUUAUACUUUGAGUCUCUGUCUUUCAGAUUUUGGGUAAAUAAUUGAUUUUGCACUAUUCCAGAUAACUUCCAAGACCAGAUGAAACGAGAGCUUGCCUACAGAGAAGAAAUGGUCCAACAGUUACAGAUGGUAAGAUAACCAAUAAAUGCUUCACAAAGAAUAAAUCAUACACUUUGGGAUGCAGGAAAUCUUUUGGCUUAAAAAUAAUCAUGACAGUGGUUUUGGAUAUGAUCAAAACUUACUGUCGAGCACUGUAUGAGGAGAAUCCAAAACACAAAAUAAAACAUUCAUAGCUGAAAUUACAUUAUAGAUAUGUGAAUGUGCAGGGGUAGCUGUAAAUACAGACUUCUUGAAACUAAAAUACAUCACUUCAAUAGUGGCAUCACCUGGUGUUGCUUGUAUGACCAUCAAAAGGCCGAGUCAGUUAGUCAAAGACAGUUUGUUUUUUAUGGCUGAGCGGUUCCUCUGCUGCUGUCUGUGGGUUUCUGUCAACAUCAAUCACCCCAGCAGUCGGCAGACAGGCUGACAGAAGGUGUUCAUCUUUGCUUUCUAUAGACAACUUCACAUUUUUAUAUGUCUAAAAUCUCAGACCGCUCACACACCCAUCACACACAGCAUGCUGUACUCAUGCUAUCACAAAAGUGGAUGACGGAGCGGGUAAUCAGACUCAUUUAUGAGCACUCCAGGACAGAAUAAAGUGUAUAAAAAUGCCAACCUGGAAACUGUGGCUGAAUCCAACAGAUGGAUAUGACUAAGAGUUACAACAUCAACGUAAAUUUAAGAUUUAUAUUGUCGUCUCAUUCGUAAAUUGAACUAAAUCUGAUAGGUCAAGGUCCUGAUUUCUAUUUCAGUAUCAAGUAUAAUUGAAGAGUCUGAUUUUCCAGGUACAUUUCCUCUAUGAAAACAGGAUCCUGUUUUUUAAGUUGUCUUUUUAGACAAAACAAUUGUAUAACCCCAUAUGUAAUACAUUGAUUCGUAUUCAGAGUGAGGAGUCGUUUUGCAUGGUGACACCUCAGCCAGUCUAGUAUUAUAGAAAUGGUAUAAUGUUCAUAUUAUUGUCUACAUCAUGUCUUUGUAAAUUUAGUCUAACACUGAGUGUAUUUUACUGUAUUUUUAAAUUUCAGAUUCCCUACGCAAACCUCAUCAGAAAAGAAAAGAUCAACUCUCAUCUGAACAAGUGAACAGAGGUAAGUGUCGGAUAUUUCUUAAAUCAUGCUGCUUUUCAAAGGAAAUUAUGAAGUUUAACAACAUCUCAUUUCUAUUUCUAUUUCUAUUCAUUUAUUUAGCACAGAUUAGAAACAGUGUAAGGAGGGAACGAAGCCGAUAGGCUUAUACAGAGUUCCACUCCUGUCAGGGCAGUGAAGGCAUACGGUGCAAACAACAAAGUAACUAGGACAUGGAAAGGUUAUAAAUAUACGAGUAGGGAAAGGUCAAAACAUAUACAAACUGUCAUAAAUAGAACAUGGGCAAUAUAGAGAUAAUACACAGAGAUGGAGACAAUAUAAGUAUACAUAAAAAGCAAAGAAACAUGAUCAUAACAAAAAAUGAUUAGAUGAGAUUUCAAUGAUAUUUUAAAGGAUUUGAAGGAUAAUAUUGAUUUUAGAGAUGCAUCCAGAUUAUUCCAUAGUUUCAGUCCUCUAAAUAUUAGACCCAAUUAUGAUAUUUUUCCCAUGAAAGGGACAACAAGAAGAGAUUUCGAUAAACUCAAAUUCCACUCGAAUAUUUUCUCGUGGUUUUGGAAUCUCUUUUCUCGUGGUAAAGUUGUAGUCUUUGAGCACAUAUGAGGAAACUCCUCCUCUGACCUUGUUUUUUCUGCAUGAAUGGAUAGAAUUAUACUGAGAUAUAGGGUAAAGAUAUGUGAUAUCAUCCUUUAACCAGGUUUCUCAUCUCGUUGUUUGAUCCAAACUAGUUAUAAACAAAAUCAUGUUGAUCACAAAGAAUUACCCGCUGAAACGGUUUUUAAGUAUAAAAACAACAACAACAACAAAAAAAGACCUAAAUGUUAUUGUCUUGUCUUUUUAUUGUCCUUACAGGUGGAGUCAGCUGUGUCCCGUUUGAGAAGUAGAAACCUCCUGGAUUUCUGUGAAUUACCAAAUGAUAACAAUAAUAAUAAUAUUAAUUGAUGUUAUUAUUAUUAUUGUUCAAAAAAGACUGGAGGGAACUGAUAGAAAAUAUUGACAUGAUCUUGAAUAUGUCCUUAUUCAGUAUUGAUCCAACUUUUCCUGGAACACAACCUUUAUUAAAGCCCCUAAGUCAAAGACACUUACUGUCUGGGAAGGACACAUUCGGACCACUUUGGACCUCUGAGGCUCUAAUAGAAGUUUCAUACCCAUCUCUCAUUGGGAAAACUUCAUUGUUGCCCCUUCUGUUAAACUCAAAGCUCAUCCCAACUAGGAUUAAAGCAAGCAGAUACAACCUCGCUAUUUUUUUCUAUUUUUUUGAGUUUGUCCACCAGGGGAGCAGUGGUAGUCUUCCUCAAAAAAUGUACAAACCCAUCAAAGAUGAGGAGGAAGCGGAUACUCAUAGAAAUCCAAGAACCUGACAGCUGCUGGGUAGUGUAUACAUACACCAAAUUGUGCAUGAGGAACUUCACUCGACAGUUUCUGUUCUUGUCAAAAACCAGUCUCACUGUGGUUUUACCAAGUAAUUUGGACCUGUUAAUGCUUCCUGACCAAAUGAUCAGUGAUCUUAAAAUAGGGAUCCAUUGUUGGUGUUGAGUUUAAGCACCAAGGCUGGGUCUGCUAGAUGUCCUUGCCUGGAUAAUGCCAGAUGAAAAGCUCUUUGGAUUGGACCCCAAAAUCAGACCAGUAUUUGAAACAAUGUGAGAGUGUCAGGCUUUAUUCUGUCUAAACACUGUCAGAAUAGUUACCCAAAGGUUCAUUACAAGGAAGAAUCUGAAUUAAAAAAGAAAAAUGCACAUACAGUAUUGUGGUCAGUGGAAAUGUCGCUGUUACAUUUCUUUAAAAUCACCAUCACAUCUACCCAGAAGAAGGGUAGAAAUGCCACCAGCUUGGUGUGUUUUGGACAUUGGUAGAUGGUAAACAAACCAAUAGUUUGUUCAUUUGUUUGCAACCCCAAGUGUCUGAGACAGAAAUUGUGGACUUUGUUGCAAACCUACUUGUAAAUUAUUUAUAAUCUGUCUGUAUAGAAUAUUCUAUGUGAAAAGUUAACAAUCAGAUUAUCUAUAUGUGUUUGUUUGUUUGUUUGCUUGUUUGUUUGUUUGAUAAUUAAAGGAUCAGGGCUUCAGACCCUGUUUGUGAAAUACAUUAUUUAUUAUAAUGUUGAAGCAAAAUACAACUGGCAUGAUAACGAUGAUGAGGUUGAUAUCUGAGGGAUCAGGUGUGCCACAAAGAAUUAAAUGAUAUCUCAUUCAUCUCCCCAUGGAUCAUGACUAAUUGGUAAAAGUUGUCAUUUUCUAAGACAAAUUUAUUAGAAGAAACUGUUCAUGCAGAUGUAUUAUUAUAUGUUCUUGUAGUUUCUCUACUAUUUAUGGUACAUUAAAAGUCUACAACAACCA